AUCCUGGCUCGCGCCGCUCCUCCCACCGGAGCACAUGCCAUGCCAUGCUAUGCCAUGGAUCCCUCGGCGCUCCAGCCGCCCGGCUCGAAAGGACUCGCUCGUUUAUGUCCUCUGCUUUCCCUUGAUGCAGUGUCCCGCGAGCUCGUCAUCCUCGGUCGCCUCUUCACCGUCAUUCUGGCCGACACUCACCACCCACGUCUGCUGCCCGUUGCUCGUGGCGUGGCCUUGGGCUCAACCUGCUUGCCAUCACCACCUUCGACGUUACGCACCUGGCCAGCCUGGGCACCUGCGCACGCCCUUCGAAGCCCAACACCAGUUUUCCACUCUCCGGCCUAUCCCGCACAAUCGUGUGCAAUAGCGCAGCACUACCGUCCCUUCGUGGCUAGCAGCUCUUCCUGAGAUUACCCAGUGGACCUAGUGUCAUCAACCAACUUGCACGCCCCGUCGCCGACGCUAGUCGUGUCUGCUAGCCCUCUCAUGAUCUGCGUUCCCUGGGCUCCUCCUGUUCGAGUCUUUGAAAUCUCCGGCAGUCUGGAUAGCUCACUACUAUCCUUCUUUUCUCCUACGAUCAUUCGUCCCUCCGUCGUGGCCGCCUUGCCGUCCUGCCAACCUGUCCCAGGACGACAGCACCAGCCGGGACUUGUUCUCGAAAGCCUAACAGUGGCCACGACUUGUAUGAGAUCCAGC